UUUGAGAUCUGGAAAUGUAAGUUCGUGAGUGGAACUAAAAUCCGGGAAAGCCCCAAGCAAGGGUUAGGGCACGAACGAUGAGAAGUACUCUCACUACUCUCGUUUCAAAGUGAUUUCCUGGCGUUUGGAAUUCGUUCCUGCUCGCUCUCGUGUGGUCCGCGCGCUCUCCGGGUCUCACCUAAACCUAACAGAACACAACCAGUGUAGUUGCGGCAGUGUUCUCUUCCGUGCAACUUUCACAUAUUCUCUUGCACAGGAUCACACCAAAGGAGAGACACCCCGCAGAUCAGGUGGAAAUAUCAGCGAUGGGGGAGCGGGUGGAUUUAAAUCACUUAUUUUUUAUUGGAUUAUCGGUGAUGGUGUUUUUGCAAGCAAGAUCAAGAGCGGACGAGACGGCCACAGACGCCUUCAAGAACAACAUCACCCUCUUCACCAGAAUCUUGGACAGCCUCCUGGACGGCUACGACAACCGGCUUCGACCUGGCCUGGGAGAUCGCGUCACAGAAGUGAAGACUGAUAUUUAUGUCACGAGUUUUGGCCCGGUGUCGGACACGGACAUGGAGUACACGGUCGACGUGUUCUUCCGGCAGAGCUGGAAGGACGAGCGGUUGAAGUUCCACGGCCCCAUGAACAUCCUGCGCCUGAACAACCUGAUGGCCAGCAAGAUCUGGACGCCCGACACCUUCUUCCACAACGGGAAGAAGUCGGUGGCGCACAACAUGACCAUGCCCAACAAGCUGCUGAGGAUCAUGGAGGACGGAACGCUGCUUUACACCAUGAGGCUGACGGUGCAGGCAGAGUGUCCCAUGCACUUGGAGGACUUCCCCAUGGACUCCCACUCCUGCCCACUGAAGUUCGGCAGUUAUGCCUACACGAUCACCGAGGUGACGUACGUCUGGACGCGGAACGCCUCCAAUUCCGUGGACGUGGCGCCGGACGGGUCGCGGCUGAAUCAGUACGACCUGCUCGGACAGACAGUCGGCGAAGAAACCAUCAAGUCCAGCACAGGUGAGUACACAGUCAUGACGGUGCACUUCCAUCUGAAGAGGAAGAUCGGCUACUUUGUCAUCCAGACCUACCUGCCCUGCAUCAUGACCGUCAUCCUCUCCCAAGUGUCCUUCUGGCUCAACAGAGAGUCUGUGCCCGCCAGAACUGUUUUUGGAGUGACGACCGUGUUGACCAUGACCACCCUGAGCAUCAGCGCCCGGAACUCCCUCCCCAAGGUGGCCUACGCCACCGCCAUGGACUGGUUCAUCGCCGUCUGCUACGCCUUCGUCUUCUCUGCCCUCAUCGAGUUUGCCACCGUCAACUACUUCACCAAGCGCGGCUGGGCGUGGGAUGGAAAGAGCCUGGUGAAUGACAAGAAGAAAGAGAAGGCCUCUGUCGUGAAGAAGAACAACGCGUACGCUGUAGCUGUGGCCAACUACGCGCCCAACAUCACCAAGGACUCGGCCCUGCCCACCAUCUCCAAGGGCGCGACCCCUGACCCCUGCAAGGUCAAGUCCGAGGCCAAGCCGGCGGAGAACAAGAAGACCUUCAACAGCGUGAGCAAAAUCGACCGCAUGUCCCGGAUUAUGUUCCCGGUCCUGUUCGGGACCUUCAACCUGGUUUACUGGGCCACUUAUCUCAACCGAGAACCAGUCAUCACGGGUCUGGUUCCCUCGAAGUAGAGGAGCAGAGCACAGUUUACAGUGUUCUGGGUAAGAGACUCCAGACGUGCCAAAUACAGCCAGGAAUCUCCGAAUUUCGGUCAACUGGCCCCCAAGACAACGACAACAGUGACAUUUUUUAAAAAUCCUUUUUACUUCCACAGUGCUAUUAAAACGACAUCACUGUAAAUAUCGGUUUACAUGUGCAUUUAUCUAUAGUUUGUACUGUACAAUGUUUGGGUGACAGUUCUGGAAAAAAAAAAGAAAGAUCUUUAGUCACGCUUUUGAGGUUGCACCUUCUACACCUGUAAGUACUCUGUCAGUCAUCUAUAACUGCUGUGAGGACACUCUGUUACAAAAUUUGUAAUGACACGAAAUCUGUGAUGAGGGUAAAUGCAGAUUUUGAUGCCAUUUUAAAUACAUGAAAUUGCACAAGGCUGUUAAUACAGUUAUGACAGCUGUAAUUACCGUGUAAUUAUAUAGGAAUUACAGCUACGUAAUGUAAUGUCUUAACAGAUACUGGUAGGCUGGUUUGUGUUCAUAGUUUCAGUAACAUGAAGACUCCCUGCACUGAAAUCCACUGCUCUAUUACAGCUGUAGAUGGGGAAUUGCAGUACAGUGUGUAUUUUUAUUGUGUAUAUUUUCGCCUGUCUCUCUGAAUUCAUUACUUCUUCUUUGAAGCAGUGGUAUAAAACGAGAAUCUCUGUUCUUUUUUUGUUCAGUAAGAGAAAAAUAUCAGUGGACCAAAACAUUUGCUGCAGUUGCUUCAGCUCAAAGCCUUUCAUUUUUAAAUUUUGAAGUCCUCACUUUAAAAGCAUCACCUGCACAGAUCCUAGGUAUACACCAUUUUCAGAUCUAUUUUCUUUUUAGAUUGCACUUUUGACAAGAUUUUUGCCAAAAAAAAAACAAAAACAAAAGCUUCUCAUCCUUUUAUUAUUCCAUUUAAUUUACAUUUUAUUAAUCUGUUUGUGAACAACCGCAUUUAAAGGCCUUCAUAGUUGCAUUUGUACAUAUUCGACAAAGUAAUAUCAGUAUUUUUAUAUUUACACCCUUGUCUCAUUUUCCCAGACUCAAUUUCCUGGUUUGAGCCAAAUAUUUUGUUACAGUACAUUAACACAGCAAGAAAAACAACAUUGCAGGGAAAAGCUCUUCUUAAUAUUUAUUAACUCUUUUCUUUUUUUGAAAUUGAAUAUCAUAUCAAACCCAGGAAGCAGGAAGCCUUGAGAACAAAAUCUCUAAUUCAAGUUAUGAUAUCUUUUCAGUACAUAUGCUGCAGAUCUUUGAGAAGCAACCAUUCUGUAUAUUUAUUUGGUUUUUAAUUAAAGGUUUUAAACACAGUUGCCUUCCCUUUUAUUUAUUUUGAAAUAUUUUUGCUGUUGUUAGUUGAUGGAAAUAAGGGAGAAAAAAAAAAACUUUGUUUAAAACAUUUCUAUUGUAAGUAAAAUGUGGUAUAGCUAGAAUUGUUGCUGUAGUGUGCACUUAAUGUUAAAAUGUGAAGUGCACAAUAUUAAAAUUCUGAACACUGUUUACUUGAAAUACACAAUCUCACAAAAUGACUAUUUUUUGAUUGUGAAAAUAAAGUAACUUCACUGUGAAUGGAAAUUUUUUAUUGUAUUUUU